AUGAGCUCAUCCUACAUCACCUUUGUGAGCGUGGGCCUCUCCGCGGUCAUCGCCAUUCCCAUCGCGGUGACGGGCAUCCUCACCUGCCUCAAGGCCCGAAGAGGCGGCGAUCCAGCACGAAGGGGCUUCACAUGGCUCAAGCUGGCCUAUUCGUUCAUUUUCACUGGCUAUGUCUUCUCCAUCGUGGCCGAUCUCAUCAACGGCCUGAUGUACUAUGGCGUCGCGUCCAACCAGCCCCACGUCACGAACGCGCUGAUCGUCACGGGAAGCGUUAUAGCCUGGCUCGGCGAGGUCUGCGUGAUUCUGACGUGCACCGAGCUCGGCUGCGGCUUCACGUACGCUCUCCGACUGGAGCGCACGCCAUCGCAUAAGAUCUGGCGCCUCUACGGUGUUGUCAGCGGGGCCAUCCUCGCCAUCCUCGCCAUCGUCUCGGGCGCGUACAAUGGCUGGGCCUAUGCGCAGUACCUCGACUCGGUAUACUACAGCUCGGCCUACGAGGCUGUCGAGCGGUCGAACAAGCUGAGCGCGGCACUGUCUGUCCUCGCCUUCUUUGUCUCGGCCGGUCUCAUCGUGCAGGCCUCGCUGGUGAGAAGGAAGUACCUGUCGAACAUGCCCGCUGCGAAUGUGAGUCAUGGAUGGACAAGUGGGAUGUACACCUACGCAGCGCAUGCUAACUUGUGUGCUUUCCAGAGCGUCACCCUAUAUCUAGUGGCAACCAUCCUCUUCGUCGUGCCCCGUAGGCUCUGGGCGAUGGUCACCAACUUGGUGUAUGUGACCCGAGGCUUCACGGAACUGAACGAGCCCACUGUCGGCGUCACAACUUGGCUCGUUAUCAGCGGGAUUCCCCAGCUCAUUCUCCUCAUCCUGUUAUUCGUCGUGGGACUCCGAAAAAGUGAUGGACUUUGGACGACGAUGCAGCCUUGGAUGCACCACACCGCACCCAACAUGGCCAGUAUGCCACCAACAACCCAGCAGCAGCCGCAAACGUACUACGGCACGCCUGCCGACGGAAACGCGUACAUGCCCACGCAGAUGGGACAGAGCUAUGCGGUCCCUGGACAGCAGGACUACGCUCAGCACUACGGAUACUACACCUCCCCAGCUGGGCAGUGGCAGCAGCCGCAGGAAGCGCCAGGUGCACCCGUGCAAGCGCCGAGCGAGGUCCCGGCAGAGCCGUCACGUACAAUGUACAGUCAGUCAGGCAGCUCGCAUGCCCCCCACAUCCAGCAGGAUCAGCAUGCACAGGUUCAGUCGAGCGUGGCGUACGAGAAGCCUUGAUCGGGAGGAGCUGGAAAAGGGCGUUUUGCACGUGAAUAAUUGGCUUGAGCAGUUUGUAAGAGAUACCCAUGAGAAUUCAUA